AUGGCGCAGAGUACAGUGUCAAAAACACCACUGCAAGGUAUCCCUGCUGUCAAUCUCUCACCCAUAAGGAUUGUGCUGCUGGGUGAAACUGGUGUUGGGAAAAGUGCAACUGGAAACACAGUACUGGGACAGAAAGUGUUCAGAUCUGAAUUAAGAAUGAGAUCAAUAACCAGUGAAUGCUCAGUUGCUCAAGCCACGGUUUCAGGCAGAUCAUUUUAUGUAGUUGAUACUCCUGGAUUCACUUACUUAAACACUGAGGAGCCAAUGACAGAGCUAGGGAGAAGUGUUUAUUUAUCCAGUCCUGGACCUCAUGCUUUUCUCAUUGUGUUUGCUCUGAAUAUGAGAUGCACUGAGAUGGGGCAGCUGAUACCUUAUGAUAUUAAGAAGUUGUUUGGUGAGGAGGUGUUCAAAUACUCCAUCAUUCUCUUCACACAUGGAGAUCUGCUGGAAGAAGAUCCCAUUGAAGAACUCAUCGAGGAGAACUGUGUUGUAAGACGUGUAGUUGAUCAGUGUGGAGGCAGAUAUCAUGUCUUCAACAACAGAGAUCUGAAUAACAGAGAGCAGGUGAAUGAUCUACUGCAGAAGAUUGACACAAUGAUAGAGCAGAACGGAGGAGGAUACUACAGUAAUCAGAUGUUUGAAGAUGCUCAGAGAAAACAGCAAGAAAAAGCCAGAAGUAGUCCAGAUUUAACUCGUCCCGACAUGGCCAUCAGUCCAGAUGUUGUUCACCCCAAAAGUUAUGGAGUAAAAAUGGAGGGAACACACUUAAUGCCAAAAGUGUGUUUGAAUAUGGUCUUGCUGGGAAGAACAGGAGCUGGGAAAAGUUCAACAGGAAACACAAUACUGGGACGAGAAGCAUUUAGUAUAAUGAAAAGCUACAAAUCUGACACUCAAGAUGUUGCUACUGAAGUCGGUGAUGUUUGUGGAUUACUGAUCAUUGUUUAUGACACGCCGGGAUUUUCUGGUGCAGAGAGUGAGGAAGAGCUUUGGAAAUAUCAGGAGGUUUUCCAGAAAUGUGAAUCAGGCCUCUGUGCAUUUCUCCUGGUUCUUCCGUCAGACAGAUCCACACAAGAAGAUCAAGAAAUUGUGAAGAAGAUUGAGGAGCUGCUGGGAGAGCAACGCUUGAAUAAAAUCUGGAUUCUCUUCACCAGAGGAGACGAACUGGAAAAUGAAAACAAGAAGAUAAAUGAAGUAAUUAAUGAGACUGAAUUCUUGAAGGAACUUACUCAGAAAUAUGAGGGCAGAUUUCACGUGUUCAACAACAAGAAGAGAGGAGCAAGUGACCAAGUGAAAUCUCUGAUAACUAAAAUUUUCCAGAACAACUUGAAGAAUCUCUCCCAAAAUCCUUGGCAGAGUAUUGCCAUCAGUGUCCAGGACACCUCUGAUGACAGUGUCUCAUGCAGGAGGAUUGUUCUUCUGGGUAAACGUGGUUCUGGGAAAAGUUCAGCUGGAAACACAAUACUGGGACAGGAGGUGUUUAAAUCUACACCUGACACAAAUUCAGAAACCAGUGAAAAGAAACACAUCACUGUUUCAGGAAGAAAAACGUCUGUAGUUGAUACUCCUGGAUUCUUUGAUACAGAGAUGAGCCCUGAGGAGUUAAUGAAAGAGAUCAUGAAGAGUGUUUAUUUAUCCAGUCCUGGACCUCAUGCUGUUCUCAUUGUGUUUAAUGUGACUAUGAGGAUCACUGAACAGGAAGAGAAGAUUCCUCAGAUGAUUGAGAUGAUGUUUGGUGAGGAGGUGUUAAAACACUCCAUCAUUCUCUUCACUCAUGGAGAUCUGCUGGAAGGAAAAUCCAUGGAGCAAGCCAUCAGAGAGAACAGUAGACUAAAAGGUCUAGUAGAUCAGUGUGGAGGCAGAUUUCACGUCUUCAACAAUAAAGAUCAGAAAAACAGAAAACAGGUCACUGAUCUAGAGCAGAAGUCUAACACACUAAUAGAGCAGAACGGAGGAGGACACUACAGUAAUCAGAUGUAUGAAGAUGCUCACAGAUUCAGGCAAGAGGAAAGAAAGAUAAGACUGAUGGAAGAUGAAAGGAAACAAAGAGAGGAAGAGAGGACACGGAUAGAAGAAGAGAGACGGAGAGAGGAAGAGACGAGACGGAUAGAAGAAGAGAGAUGGAGAGAGGAAGAGAGGAGAUGGAUAGAAGAAGGGAGAAAGAGAGAGGAAGAGAGGAGACGGAUAGAAGAAGAGAGAUGGAGAGAGGAAGAGAGGAGACGGAUAGAAGAAGAGAGACGGAGAGAGGAAGAGAAGAGAAAAGCACAAGGUAUUAUUCGUAAUAUUUUGAUCUUUGGUGCAGCUUGUGCUGGAGCUGUUGUUGCUGCACCUGUUGCUGCUGUUGUUGCUGGAGGUGCUGGUGUUGCAGCUGUUGCUGGAGCUGCUGCUGGAGCUGUUGUUGGUGGACGUGCUGCUGCUGCUGCGGGUGGAACUUUUAAUGGUGCAGCUGCUCGUGCACAGAGGAGACAGAGAGAGGAGGAGGAGAGAAGACAACAGGAGGAAAAUGAAGAAGACCAGCACUUGAGAGAGUGA